AUAGAAAUGUAAGUCUUGCAGGAUUCCUACAUGACGUCGGAACUGAAGUUGAGGGUGAUGUUGUUCCUCUUCAGGGGGAAGGAAACACAGUGCGUGCAGAAGUAAAUUAAAGAUGGCUGCGCUCAGUGGUCGUGGUGACUGCAUAGAUAAUUCAGGCGGAAAAUUAAAAUCUCCUCAACUAACUCCACAGAAAGUUCGUAAUUUACUAAACGAAGGGAUUGCAACAGAGGACAGUAGUCGGGAUAUUGAAGAACAAGCUGCAAGCCUAGAAACUCCAAACCGCCUACCACAAGUUCCAUGUGAAACGGCAAGCAAAGAAGCAUUUUUCAGUAGAGUGGAAACGUAUACAUCUUUAAAAUGGGCUGGAAAGCCACAUGAACUUUCUCCAUUGAAGUGCUCUCAGUAUGGCUGGACCAAUGUAGAAUGUGACAUGCUAAAAUGUUCAUCCUGCCAAGCAUUCCUCUGUGCAUUGCUACAACCAACGCAAGACAUCAACAAGUAUAAAGAAAGACUACUGGGGCUGCAGAAAGCUUUGCAAACGUCCCAUGAGAAAUUCUGCUUCUGGCCGGACUGUCCAUGCCCAGAUCGUUUCUGGACUAUACCCAUCAAUGAGCAAUCGGUUCUUUUCAGUGGCUUUCUAGAGCGAUAUAAAAGCUGCUGUCUGCUAGAACUGCAGUUACCAUCGAUGAAGCCUGAUGACCUCAUAAACAUGUCUCUAACUGAAGACAUCAUCAGUCUCCUUUUACAGCUGAUCGAAGAUGAGCUGAAGCAGGAAGGGGGAUCACCUGUUAAAUAUAACACAGAGCCCCUUUUAGUACAAGUUGCUGCCUGCAUUGUUGCACUUUGUGGCUGGACUUGCAGUCCGUCUUUAGACUCCAUAAGCCUUCCAGUUAUCACCUGCUCCUACUGCAUGCGAAAGGUGGGUCUGUGGGGUUUCCAGCAGAUUGAGAGUGUCUGUUCAGAAGGGGACAGCUCUUUUGGAAUCGCAAGUACUCCAGUGUCUUGCCACGAUGGCCGGGGAGAAAGACUGACCCCCACACCUGUGUCCCCGUGUAGGAUGGUUCUCCGAAGCCAGGACACCACACCAUCUCACACCAGCGAACCGAGUGAUUUAAUUCCCUCUCCUAUCGUCGCCCGCACACGGAGCCAGGAAUUCCACAGCCCCAGCCCUGUUGACGAGACCACCAGCACUGUGUUGAGGGGCAAGCGGCCCGUCACCCGCAGUAUGGGCCAGGGGGAAAUGGUUGGCGUCGGAAGCGAAGUGCCGCCCAGCCCUCAGAGGAAAGCGAAACGUUUGAGGCUCUGCUCCUCCAGUAGCUCUGACAUAAUGAUCAACAGGAGCUUCUUCGACCCCAUCUUCCAGCACAGAGACUGGUGCCCCUGGGUUCGAAUGGCUGAGGAGCAGAGAGUUCGAGAACAGGCAGCCCCAUCCAGGGACCACCCCUCACAGUGUGGCAUCACAAAGAACCUGCAGCCUGCAUGGAAAGCAGUACUGGAAGUGUUUGUGUCAAUGAAGAAAUCUAAUAAUCCAGAGGGGGGCAACUCAUCGGAGAGUCUCCAUGAAAAAUCCAAGAGAGUUUUUAAGAUAUUCCGACGGUGGCAAGUGUCCUGCUAAUGGAAUUUCCUUGGGAUGCAUGCCUGUUAAGUUGGUUGUGUGGCUCUGCCACUGUGGACAGAUCUUCUCUUUUUUUUUUUAGCUACUGGAGUUAAGACGUCAACUUUUGAUGGGAAACCAAUUUCAUGUAUAUGUGUAUACCAUCAAUAAAUGCUGUGUGCAAUGCACUAAAAGUACAGUGUUUGAGUGCAGCAAGAUUUUCUUCUGUCAUAGUUGGCUGGUGUAUGAGAUCCUUGGUGAUGGCUGUCUCACUUAUCUGGGGGAUUUGAAUUGUGUUAUCUACUGCGUGCUAGAUAACCAUAUAACUAUGGUUUAGCAUUGUGGACUGGUGUUGUAAUUGUUAAUAAGCGUGUAUGAAGCAGUUUGAUUAAAAAUUGAUAUAACAAUACGAUCUGUAUGUAAAAUAAAUUAUAUUGAGAUUAUAUUAUGCUUUACCUGAGCAUAAAAGCGCCAAAAACCAUGCUGGUGUCAGAUGAAACAGUGAUUUUUUUUUUUUAUUAUUAUUCUAAACGUGUGGACUGUUUGUAACUGAUACGGUGCAGUCAGGAAAAUUAUCUAUUUCUCCUUUUCAGUUUCUGUUAUUGAACUUUUUGUGAAAUGCUUAAAAAAAGACAAUGACAUUCCAGCUAUAGAGGUUUUGUGUGAGUGUGUUUGUUACAUUUGUAGUUACUUUUCAAGUGCAUGCCUUUUAAUCCUUCUACGUGGAAUUAAUGGCUUUACCCAUGCUGAACAUUAGGGGCUUUUAGGAAAAGAACAUCCAUGAGGAAGGCAUAGCUUAUAAAAAGAAAAUAAAUGUACCUUGUAAUUUA